AUGACGUCAAAUGCUCCGAAAUUCCGGCUCCUCCACCUACCUCGCUUGGCUUUAGAACACGUACUUAGAAAUUUCAAUGAUGGAAAUCUGGUUAUGUUCUCACUUUGCUCAAAGCGUUGCAAUCUAGUGGUGAAAUCGUUCAGACAUGGUUUUACUGGGAUUCAAGUCACUCUUUCGCGUGACACUCUUGCUCUCAGUUUAAGGGUUCAAGACAUUCAACAAAUGGGAUUUGAGAUCAGCAAGGAAGUAUUUCAAUUAAAUGAUUAUCGAGUUCUUAUACUGGAUGAGCGGGCAUUUUGGAUGGGAGAGGGGAAUCCAAAUACUCGUUCCAUCUUCACUUAUUGGAAUUGGGCACUCGACGUCAAAGCUUUGGUUGAUCAUAUGGUUGAAACUUUCCGUGUUCCAUUUGAAACAGUGAAAUUCCUUUUGGAUUAUUUUGAUCACUACCGCGACUUCGUACAAUGUUUUCCAAAGUGCGAAAAUUUGAGAAUUUGGGGAGUGGGGCCAAUCUCAGAAGAAGACAUCGCCUAUUUCAAAAAACAUGUGGAACACAAACAUUUUUACAUAAAUGGCAAUCUUCAAUGA